AUGCACCACUGCCUCGACAUCGCAGAGAUUCGCAUUGCCAUCGCCGCGAAAGUGAAGGAGGGCGACAAACGCGAUCUCGUAUCGCUGGCAACGAGCUGCCGCAUCUUCGAGGCGCCAGCGCUCGAGACGCUGUGGGACGAUCCGGGGGACUUGACCCUUCUUUAUCUGCUGCGAUGCUUCCCAGAGGAUGCUCUGAGCUGGCCAGGGAGUAGACUGAUGAUGCUGUGUACCAUCGCGCGGCCAACAUUACAGACUGACUGGGAACGACCUUUGGUUUAUGCUCAUCGCGUGCGCCACUUCACGUACACCGCCAACACAGUGCCUGUCGAAACACUUGCUGUCCUCUUGCUCAGCCUCCCAGCCGACUCCUUGUUCCCGCAUCAGGAAAAUGACAAGAUCUUAGAGGGGUCUUAG